GAAAGGUUGCAGGUUGCAUUUGAAAAUAGAAAGAAUCAGCUUCGUUACCGUUCUUUGCAAAAUUUACUACGACCUUUUUAGCACUCACUCGGGGACAUUAAACAUGUUUUUUCGUGAUUUUCAUACUUUCACAAAGUUGCACGUAACUUUUUCGGAGAUAGCAAUUUGAAUUUUUUAACUGAAAAAGUCAGGAAAAAGUGAAAGACUUAUAUUUAAGAAAUCGAUCGAUCAUGCCUUUUGCUUAGCAAUUGCUUAACGGUAUGUGAAAAGUACAGCACUCUCGAUGUGUUAAUUAAACCUUCAGCUUCCCAAUCGAUUUUCUCACCAACAAUGUUUUCAAAUUUAAAUUGUCUUGUCUUGAAAAAUUUGUCUUGAUACUGUGUGGUUCUGAUUGUAAGAGAAAGCGCAGUAUUCGCAAGCCGGCGGUCAAUUCACGGGGAUAAAAAUCGCGGAGUGUACAGUGAUAGUGAAGAAUCUUGUCGCGUUCUAUCCAGAAACUGUGUUGCUUGGAGGCAUUUACCUUGGGAUUAGCAUCCAGCUAAUAGUCGAAAGAAAAUUUACACUUCGGGAUUAUCUUCGGUGGUAGCGUGCACGAAGAAGGAGUUGUGUGUGAUCUUAAGGACCUGCACGUGCGCCCAGUGAAUUUAUAUCGUUUGACGGCAAAUGUGUAACAGAGACGGCAAAGGACGGCUACAUGCAUGUCAUUCAGUAGCCACAUGGUCUGGUCAAUAAUAGAUGGUUUGCUCUUCGUGAUGAUAAUAUGUGGGAACGUCCUAACGAUACUAGCGAUCAGGCUGAGCCGACGUCUGAGGAACGUAACAUCGAACUAUUUUGUUCUGAGCUUGGCAAUUUCCGAUUUUCUGGUAGGUCUAUCGCUGCCUUACCACCUCGCAUUUUACGUUCUAGACCAUUUGAGCCAUGUGAAAGUCGCCUGCAUCGCAAGAUUUGUUUUCAUAACCCUCGCAUGUUCCGCGAGCAUAUACAACUUGAUCGCUAUUGCGGUAGACAGAUACAUAUCAAUCGUCCACCCCAUGAAGUACACGAGAUACAUGACGAGGCGGGUGGUUUACACAAUCAUAACUAUAGGUUGGAUAACAGCGAUUGGUAUUUCAACCAUACCAACAUACUGGAAUUGCUUUGACAACGCCGGUGCAAUUUGCGAGAUGGACACUAUCCUACCCAGAUAUUACACGGUUGCUGUGCUGACACCAAUGCUCUUCCUUACGUGGAUUGCAAUGUUCAUAAUAUACUGGCGGAUUUGGAGGGAGGCUAGCACUCAUGCUCGAAGAUUAAGAGGCAACACUUUGUACAACGACUCAGCGAGCGAUUGGAAGAGCGUCCAGGUAGUUUUGCUCGUCCUGGGAUGUUUUUCAGUAUGUUGGCUACCAUACCUGAUAGUGGCCUGUACGCGGGCUUAUGAGUGGCAGAACAAAGCAUCGCCAACAUUGUACAAAGCAACGUUUUCUCUAGCAAUGGCGAACAGUGGGAUGAAUCCGAUUAUUUAUGCAUGGAAAAAUGCGAAUUUUCGAAAGGCAUUCAAUAAGUUGUUACAUUUUGAAUCACCAAACUGCAACGAAUUUAAUUCAAGCUUGAAGAACUACUUGAGUAAACAGAAGGAACUUAGGAAGAAGGAAUUAGGCGGUGUCGAUCCUGCGAUUCAGGCCGUGGAAAACCACGGAAUUAAAACAAUAUGUGGCAAUUACUCUUUCGAAAUGGAAGAAACGGCAACAAUGACAACUGUAUAAAUUACCUGUUACCGAAUAACUUUUUUAAGAAAAUCUAUUCGGCUGGAUAUUUACUGAAAUUUAUCACCAAUCACCAUAAUUAAACACAAAGUUUGAUAGCUCAUGGUAAUCCUAUCUACGCCCUGAAGUGGGACAUGAAGGCCAAAAUGACAAGGUACACUGAUGAUUAUCAGUGUUAAAAUAUAACACCUAACAAAUA